AUGGCGCAAAACGGGUACGUGGUUCCGGCGGAUCAAUCGGCGGUUGUGACGGUGAAGAAGAAGACGCCUCAAUCGUCUCGGAAUUGGGUAGCUAUAGACGAGGAGGGAGAGAGUUCGGCGUUUGAUUUCGAUAGAAAUAAUAUCAUGAAAGACCUCAGGAUCCCUGCUCGAGAUCUCCGGCUUCUAGACCCGAAUCUAUCUUACCCUUCUACUAUUCUUGGCAGAGAGAGAGCUAUUGUGCUCAAUUUGGAGCAUAUCAAGGCGAUUAUUACUUCAGAACAGGUUUUGCUUCGGGAUCCAACAGAUGAAAAUGUUAUUCCCGUUGUUAAGGAGCUUCAAAGACGCAUACCUGUUGGUCAAGGAGAAGGAAAAGAGACCUCAGCUGCACAGAAUGACGGUGACGCUGGUGAAGAAGAUGAGUCCCCAUUUGAAUUCCGGGCGCUGGAAGUUGCUUUGGAAGCAAUCUGUAGCUUCUUAGCUGCAAGGACAACAGAGUUAGAAACAUCUGCUUAUCCUGCUUUGGAUGAGCUUACCUCAAAGAUUGGUAGCCGUAAUUUAGAUAGAGUACGGAAAUUGAAGAGUUUGAUGACUCGGUUGACAGGUCGGGUUCAGAAGGUAAGAGAGGAGCUCGAACAACUGCUAGAUGAUGACGACGAUAUGGCGGAUCUUUACCUUUCAAGGAAACUUUUUAUUGCUUCCACGCCGGUCAGUAGUCCCGGUGAAUCGAAUUGGUAUCUUACUUCCCCAACAAUAGGUUCUAAGAUUUCAAGAGCGAGUAGAGCGAGUUUAGCCACGGUUCGUGGGGAUGAAAAUGAUGUUGAAGAACUUGAAAUGUUGCUCGAGGCAUACUUCAUGCAAAUUGAUAGCACUUUAAACAGAUUAACAACGCUGCGUGAGUACAUUGAUGACACUGAGGAUUACAUUAACAUCCAGCUAGACAAUCAUCGUAAUCAGCUGAUUCAGCUGGAGCUCGUCUUAAGCUCUGGAACGGUUUGCUUAUCAAUGCUAUCUCUUGUCGCGGGAAUUUUCGGGAUGAACAUUCCAUACCCAUGGAACGAGGGCCAUGGAUACAUAUUCAAAUAUGUCGUGGGCCUCACUGGGACAUUUUGUGUAAUCUUGUUUGUGAUCAUAAUGUCGUACUCGCGGUACAAAGGGCUGGUUGGAUCUUGA